UAACCGCGAAAAGGGCUAUUGAAUCUAAGAUAACUUCUCUACUUUGUAGAUCUACUAACAUUAAUCUUCAUGUAGACAGGAGCUAGUAUCGGUGCAAUUAAGCUCUAUUUCAAUGUCACAUGGCCAUAUAUGUUCCUGUAUUGUUACCUAAAACCCUUUUACUACCAACAGGAACUUCAUUCUAACUUUGCCAAAAAAAAAAAGUUUAAUUGAUAAUGAUUAAUAUAUAAAUUGAGAAGAACAACUAGAACAUGAUCGCAUUUUAGGCUCCGGAGCUUAUCUCAGUCUCCAGAGCAUCUUAUUUAUUAGUGACAAGGAGUAUUUACUUUCCCUUGUAUGGGAUGCUAGUCCAUUUCAGGCUCACCUCCAAGGUUACCCAUAUAUACACACAGGUGGAGAGAGGCACUGUGAGAGUAAAGUGUCUUGCAUAAGAACGAAAUUCAAUGACCCUGGCCAGGGCGUGGACCUGGAGGCCAGCGCCUUAACCUUUAGGCUUCCAUACCUCCAACCCAAUGAAUAAGGACUGGCUUUAAGUCUGAGAUACUGGCCAAAUUUAAGAACGACUGAAACGCCAUGCAUCCAUCCGCCCAUUCUACUGUCACCAAGAAUCAGUCUGGAAUCUUGAACAGACUAACUGAAUGGUAGUUGUCUUUUUUUCUUUAGUUAAUACCAACAGUCGAAGGAAAUGAUUGGCCAUGUUAUCAGCCGUGGACAGAGAGAUCUGGCUGACGAUGGCAAGAGAGAGUGGGACACUGAGAUUGAAAAAAGCUUGGAUGAUGAAUAUCCAGACUGGAGGCAGCCAAAGACUACGCACAUGAUACCAGAAGAACUGCAUAAACAAGGAAAUGAUGGUGAAAAGGCGGAGAAAAUUCUCUUUAAUCUAUUAAAAUCUUUUGGAGAACGUAGGAAGGAGCCAAUGUUUGUGGUGCAUUCCUACAAUUUUAAGGAAAGGAUUUCUGAGGUGAAGUCUAAGUCAGUGUCUUCUAAGAAAUGGAACAUAGGAGAGCACGACUUUGUUCUUGUCCAUCGCCUCGCUGGUUUUGUGUUUUUUCAGGUGAAGGCUUCGGCAAAGACUGCCAAAACGUAUGGAAAGGCACAGAAACAAAUAGACAAAGAUCGUGACGCUAUGAAGUUUUACUUCCAAGAGGUGGGAAUCAAAAACAAGAAAAUAACCGGAAGAGAUGUCGAUAAGCUCUUUUCUGGAUUUCCAGGUUUCGUUGCAAUGCCUAACUGUCCACGGCCUGCUUCCUCUGCAAGUACACAUGCAGAUGGCAUAUUCCAAGAAGAUUGCGUCAGCGUAGAAGCAUUUUCGGAUUGGUGGGACAAAAGCAUCGGAUGUCGAGAGCAGGGUGAAAAAGAUGCAGUUGAAGAUGUCGUCAAGGAAGAGUUGUUUAACUUGCUGGUCACACGAUUUGUUGGUUUGGUCCUUGUUAGUCGUUGCUUGGCCUCUCGCCACAGCAUUGAUGACUCUUUUAACGCUCUCACAAUCAACACCAAAGAGCAGUUGAAGGUGCACCUUGACUCCAGUCCAGAUAGGUGGAUCGUUGGACCAGCAGGGAGCGGAAAGACCUGCCUUCUGAUGGAUAAAGUGGUCCGUUUGGCUAAGAAUAUUAUUUCUGAUGCCCUGGAUCAGAAGAUUCUAGUUGUGUGCUACAAUAAGCCUUUGUCGCUAAAGAUCGGGCGAACGAUUGAGCGCGAACUGAAAGUCGUUUACGAUAUUCAAGAGCAAGACCAAGGCGAAAAGCCCCGUUCCGUUGUCGAUGUCAAGACGUUUGAAAAAAUUCUGAAGGACAUCAAUGGGUCAUUUGGAAUAGGAGAUGAAGAGAAUCGUGUUGCAAUGGCAUUGGAGAACCUGCAGCGGGAUACAUCCUCGACUUUCAAACACACCUAUGAUCAUAUUUUUGUGGAUGAGGGCCAAGACUUGUACCAUCCCCAGUGGCCAAGUCUUCUUAAAAUGAUGCACAAAAGUUCCUCUGGGCGCGCAGCUGUUGAGGAUGACGACUUCGACCCAAGGUACUUCUGGGUGUUUUAUGAUUCAAAUCAGCACCUUCACUUGUCAAAAGAGAAGACUUUGCCCAGUUAUUCAGUUGACCUGAGAAACAGUCUUAGAUUACAUAAGAUUCUAAGAAACACCAAGAACGUGUUUUCACAAGUUAACAAGUAUUUUGAGCCACGUUUGGAGACGUCGAUCCCUGUGGGAGUCUACCACCGGGAGGUUGGAUUGGAAAUCGAAUGGGAUGAGUCCUUACAAAGCGAAGAGACAACCAGUGACACAAAUCGAGGACAUUCCAUUGUGAAACACGUUAAAUACUUGAAGAGAAAUGAUGUGCAGAACAGAGACAUCUGUGUUCUCGCUAAAAACCAAGAAACGAGCAACAAGCUUAUUCCAAAUCUUGAAGAAGUCGGGAUUGAAUGCCAGAAUGCAGAGGAACUUUACGGCAACAAAAUUAACAACAACAAAGUUGUUGUUGAGAGCAUAAGACGGUUCAAAGGACUUGAAUCAAAGGUCGUGAUUCUGUACGAUCCUCCUUAUAGUGCUGGGGGGAAAACAAGGGAGCUUUUGUACACUGCAAUUUCGCGUUGUUUGUGUUACCUUGUGGUCAUAAGCACAAAACAGGGAUGUGAAUCACUUCGGUCGGAGGCCGGUCUCUGGGAAAUACCUGGUGCCUUCCCCAACGCAAGCCAACUGCUUGCUAGUGAGCCUGUUGACAAGGAUAGCAAUACUGUGGAUAGUACAUCCGUGGUGUUUCCGGCAAAACGGCAAUUUCAAGAUGAUGGCAGCAAUUACAAUCAGCUAUAUAAGAGGCUUAAAGAGAUUGAAGGAGAUAGUGGACACUUCAUGUACCUUCUUGGGCAAAGCAGAAGUGCUGUUGAUAAUUCUGUUCGUGACAGGGAGUUCAAAAAACUGCUUCCGUUUUUGUGGAACCAUCUUCAACUGUUUCCUGAGUAUAAGAAUGUCACUCAAUCAGCCCUGAGCAAAAUUGGUGCUCUCCUAGAAUAUCAUGUGCUGAAGAAAUCUGAGUUCGGAAACUACGUUGGAAACAUGGAAGCCAAGAGGCAAGAAAUAGAUACUUCUACCCGGAAGAAGGAAAUAGAUGCUGAUGUGGCAGGGGCCCUUAAGCGGACUUAAACUAGACUUUAGCCAAGUACUACAUGCGUACUUACUCCUAUUCAGACUUUUUUUUUCUGUAUGUCGAACGGCGGGGAAGAGGGAUCUAUCCCCUCCUCCUACCUCAGUCCGAAUAGCUUACAACUAUAAGCCUCGCUUAGUGAAAGAAACUCAAGUUUGUCAUUCUAUAUUUCUGUCUGUUUCAGGUGUGCAGUUAUCAAAUCAUUUUUACCAACAAACAGCUCCCGUUCUUGCAGAAUUGAAUGUAGCAUCAUUUCCAAGUCAUUGGCUUUUUCAAACUUAAUGCAUUGGUGCUGGUCGAGGGUUUUGACUGCAAGCACGACCAUUUUGUCUUAAAAGGUAUUUUGCUUUUCGUUGACAAGAAAAGAAGAUAAAGUGAGUCUGUUGUACGUCAAACCAGAAGUAUGUUCAGUUUUGUUUAUUCAGUUGAAUUCUUGACUCUAUUUGGUGAAACAAGAUUUAAAAUAUAAAGCAAGUUUGAAAACCGUUUUUAAAAAGACAUUAUUUAAACUGAGGUGUAGCGGCCAUCUGUGUUUUCCGUCAAUACGGUAAAGUGAAAACAGUCGUAGCAGUUUCUGCCCUGGUUUCUAGAAAUACAGCUUAAAGUUAACUUUUUUUUAACUCGUAGGGAUAUAGGUGGAAACUGAAAUAGACUGACAUAAGUUAACUUUGUUAAAAAUAAUUAGUGCAUAUGUUUAGUUUUAGCCAGCACGGAUGACCUUAGCGGUAGUUUAGGCACUUUUGAGAUGCCGUGGUAGGAAAAAAGUACCCCACUCUCCCCAACCCUCUACAUUUAGGUCUGGAGUUUUAACAACUAGCGUGUCAAGUAGCAAAUCAUUUAGACUCCAAAAAAUAAAUCAUUUAC